AUGGCAGCGGACAACUCCACAGAAGUCCUUCAUGCUCCAGGGUCCCAGCUGAGCAUCACUGACAUCAUUGUCAUCGCUGUGUAUUUUGCCUUGAAUGUAGCUGUGGGCAUAUGGUCUGCCUGUCGAGCCAGCAGGAACACAGUGAGCGGCUACUUCCUGGCAGGCCGGGACAUGGCUUGGUGGCCGAUCGGAGCCUCGCUCUUUGCAAGCAGUGAGGGCUCUGGCCUCUUCGUGGGACUGGCAGGCUCAGGCGCUGCUGGAGGCCUGGCUGUGGCAGGCUUCGAGUGGAAUGCCACGUAUGUGCUUUUGGCGCUGGCAUGGGUGUUUGUACCUAUCUACAUAUCUUCAGAGAUCGUCACCUUGCCUGAAUACAUUCAGAGGCGCUUCGGUGGCCAGCGCAUUCGCAUGUACCUCUCUGUCCUGUCCCUGUUGCUGUCUGUCUUUACCAAGAUAUCGAUUGACCUGUACGCGGGAGCCCUGUUUGUCCAGAUCUGCCUGGGCUGGAACUUCUACCUGUCCACCAUCCUCACGCUCGCCAUCACCGCCCUGUACACCAUCGCAGGGGGCCUGGCCACUGUGAUAUACACAGAUGCGCUGCAGACGGUCAUCAUGGUGGUGGGCGCCGUCAUUCUGGCUGUCAAAGCUUUCAACGAGAUUGGUGGUUAUGAGCAACUGGAGGCAGCAUAUGCCCAGGCCAUCCCCUCCAGGACCAUCCCCAAUACCACCUGCCACCUGCCGAGGGCAGACGCCAUGCAUAUGUUCCGGGACCCAUCCACAGGAGACCUCCCGUGGACUGGGAUGACCUUUGGACUGACCAUCUUGGCCACCUGGUAUUGGUGCACUGACCAGGUCAUUGUGCAGCGGUCCCUGUCUGCCCGGAACCUGAACCAUGCCAAGGCGGGCUCCAUUCUAGCCAGCUACCUGAAGAUGCUGCCCAUGGGCCUGAUGAUCAUGCCAGGCAUGAUCAGCCGAGCACUGUUCCCAGGGAUACAUAUAUACCCUGGAAGGCACCAGCCUGCAUUAUUUCUCACAGAUGACGUGGGCUGUGUGGUACCAUCCGAGUGUCUGCGGGCCUGUGGGGCUGAGAUUGGCUGUUCCAACAUUGCCUACCCGAAGCUGGUCAUGGAGCUGAUGCCCAUAGGUCUUCGAGGGCUGAUGAUAGCCGUAAUGAUGGCUGCACUCAUGUCGUCGCUGACCUCCAUCUUUAACAGCAGCAGCACGCUCUUCACGAUGGACAUCUGGAGGCGCUUGCGGCCCUGCGCAGGAGAGCGGGAGCUGCUGCUGGUGGGACGGCUAGUCAUCGUGGUGCUCGUCGGUGUGAGCGUGGCCUGGAUCCCCAUCCUGCAGGGCUCCAACAGCGGACAGCUGUUCAUCUACAUGCAGUCAGUGACCAGCUCGCUGGCGCCCCCUGUCACCGCCAUCUUCAUCAUGGGCAUCUUCUGGCGGAGGGCCAAUGAGCGGGGGGCCUUCUGGGGCCUGAUGGCGGGGCUGCUGCUGGGCGCCCUGAGGCUGGUCCUGGAAUUCCUGCACCCAGAGCCCCCCUGCGGCCAAGCAGACACUCGGCCAGCCCUUCUCCGAAAUAUACACUACUUGCACUUUGCCAUUGCCCUCUUCCUCCUCACCUGUGCUGUUGUGGCCGCUGGGAGCCUACUGAGCCCGCCGCCUCAGCAAAGACAGAUUGAAAACCUCACCUGGUGGACUCUGGCUCCAAACCUGACCUUAGGAACAAAAGCAGGCAACAGCCAAACACCCCAGAAACGUGCUUUCUGGACCCGCGUGUGUAAUUUCAACGCCAUCUUCCUCAUGUGUGUCAACAUCUUCUUCUACGCCUAUUUUGCCUGAU